GGAUGGUCUAGUAUUUUCAGUGUGCAGCUACUGUUAACCUAAAGAAGGAUGCCGCCACCUUCAGAUAUAGUCAAGGUGGCCAUUCAAUGGCCUGGAGCAUAUCCAAAGUUAAUGGAAAUUGACCAGAAAAAGCCUUUAUCUGCUAUAAUAAAGGAAGUCAGUGAUGGAUGGUCCAUUAUUCAGAAUCAUGAAGAGUUGGCACUUCAGUAUGCAGAAGGUUCUGGGUUCUAUAUCACAGAAAAAAAUCGCAAUGAGAUCAAGAAUGGAGCUAUUCUUCGUCUAACAGCAUCCCCUACUCACACUGCGCAUCAGCUGCAUGACAGAGUCCAAUCUUCCAGCAUGGACGUCAAACUUGAAGCACUAAAGGAUUUGGCCAAAUUUUCAAGAGAUAUUACAUUUGCACAAGAAUUCAUAAACCUGGAUGGAAUCUACCUCCUCACCCAGAUGGUGGAAAGUGGCACAGAUCGAUAUCAAAAGUUGCAGAAGAUAAUGAAGCCCUGCUUUGGAGAAAUGCUUUCCUAUUCUUUGACAGCAUUUGUUGAACUGAUGGAUCACGGAAUUGUAUCAUGGGAUACUUUCUCUGUGGCAUUUAUUAAAAAAAUUGCAAGUUUUGUGAACAAAGCCGCAAUGGAUGUGUCUAUUUUACAGCGAUCUCUAGCCAUUCUUGAAUCCAUGGUCCUAAACAGUCAUGAUUUGUAUCAGAAGGUUGCACAGGAGAUAACCAUUGGACAGUUAAUUCCACAUCUUCAGGGGACGGAUCAAGAGAUUCAGACGUACACUAUUGCAGUGAUCAAUGCACUUUUUCUUAAAGCCCCAGAUGAUAAAAGACAGCAUUACUUUGAGGACAGCAUUGACAUCCUUGAUUUUCCUCUAAGUGAGAUGGCAAACAUACUGGCACAAAAGCAGCUCCGUUCCAUUAUUCUGACACAUGUUAUCAGAGCCCAGAGAACCAUUAAUAAUGAGAUGGCACAUCAGCUCUAUGUAUUGCAAGUUUUAACCUUCAAUCUACUGGAGGAUAGAAUGAUGACCAAAAUGGAUCCUCAAGACCAAGCCCAAAGGGAUAUUAUAUUUGAGUUACGUAGAAUUGCUUUUGAUGUAGAGCCAGACCAAAAUAACCUUGGAGGCAGCAUUGAAAAAAGAAAGUCUAUGUACACCCGGGAUUAUAAAAAGCUUGGAUUCACUAACAAUGUCAACCCAGCAUUGGAUUUUACCCAUACUCCUCCAGGAAUGCUGGCUCUCGACAAUAUGUUGUACUUUGCUAAACACCACCAGGAUGCCUACAUACGGAUUGUAUUGGAAAACAGCAGUCGAGAAGAUAAGCAUGAGUGCCCUUUUGGUCGCAGCAGUAUAGAACUAACCAAGAUGCUUUGUGAAAUCCUGAAAGUGGGGGAAUUACCAAGUGAAACCUGCAAUGAUUUUCACCCUAUGUUCUUCACACACGAUCGAGCAUUUGAGGAAUUCUUUUGUAUCUGCAUCCAGCUGUUGAACAAAACUUGGAAAGAAAUGAGGGCAACUUCUGAAGACUUCAACAAGGUGAUGCAAGUCGUCAGAGAACAGAUCAUGAGAGCACUCACAAACAAGCCGAGUUCUUUGGACCAGUUUAAAAGCAGACUUCAAAACCUCAGCUAUACCGAGAUCUUGAAAAUCCGUCAGUCAGAAAGAAUGAACCAGGAAGAUUUUCAGUCCCGUCCAAUCCUGGAACUGAAAGAGAAGAUCCAACCAGAAAUCUUAGAACUGAUAAAGCAACAAAGACUUAACCGACUUGUGGAAGGAACUUGCUUUAGAAAACUGAACAGUCGAAGGCGACAAGAUAAGUUUUGGUAUUGUCGACUUUCACCCAAUCACAAAGUGUUACACUAUGGAGACUUAGAAGAGAGUCCUCAAGGGGAGGUACCACAUGACAGUUUGCAAGAUAAAUUGCCAGUGGCAGACAUUAAAGCAAUACUGACUGGAAAAGACUGUCCUCACAUGAAGGAGAAAGGUGCUCUCAAACAAAACAAGGAGUUGCUCGAGCUGGCAUUUUCAGUCAUGUAUGAGUCCAACUGCCAAUUAAAUUUCAUUGCUCCAGAUAAACAUGAGUAUUGCAUAUGGACAGAUGGACUUAAUGCCUUACUUGGAAAGGAAAUGAUCAGUGAUCAAACAAGAACUGACAUGGACACAUUGCUUAGCAUGGAAAUAAAACUGCGCCUUCUAGACCUGGAAAACAUACAAAUUCCUGAUGCACCUCCCCCAAUUCCAAAGGAGCCUAGUAACUACGAUUUUGUUUACGACUGCAACUAAGAACAUCAACAAGCACGCAUCCUUCAACUGGAAUUACUAAAACUGGAGACUAAAAAGAGAAAUGUUGUUUUAUUUCUGCUUAUCUUCCCCCACCCCUUUCAUUUCAGACGUUCAGUAUUUGGCUGCCGUUCCAGGCAUAUCAUAGAAGUUUACUGGGUUGUAAGUUACAAUGGGCAUUUGCCCCCCAAAGCACCAGGAACUAGAUGUCCAUAUUCCUGAUGCUUUAAAUGACAUAUAAACAAGGAAUUUUCCACCAACUGGUGCUCUUAGCUUUAUUUUUUGGAUGAAGGAGAUGAAUAGACUUGUAUGGUCAAUGCUGCUUCUCAUUGAGGCACUAAAGAAGGCUACUGAUGACUGCUACAAGGCUUUGAAUUUCUUAUCCUCUGCUUUUUCUCUUGCUUCUAUACUAGAAAUAGUUUUAACGUCCUUUAGAUCCAGUCAAAUUGUAGGUUUAGCAUAAAAUACUACAGUCAUUGAACUAAGAAAACCUUUCUUGCACUUGUAUUUUGGGAAUUCAGAAUAAGGAAAAGUGCUGUUGAUGUGUAUACCAUUGUAAAUGCACACAUAUACACUAGGAUGCUUUCUUUCACAGCACAUACUACUUAAAGGAGACCAGAUGAAAG